UAUUUUUAACAAAGCAAAAAGACCAUUGAACCCAUCCUCUUCUUCCCGCUGUUUCCUCUCUCCAUCUCCCUCUUCACCUCUCCUUCCUCAUCAGACUAACCUAAACCAAAGAUUCUCGCCGCGAAUUGGCUUUUCGAAAAUUCUAACGGUUCUCAUCGCCCAGCCCAGAGAUUUACCUCACAUGGCGGCAACAUCUAAAUCCGGAGAAGAUCCGAGUCUCUCUUAUACUCACCCUUCUCCUUUCAACAGCUUCGACCUACUCCAAUCUCUCGAUCCACGUCACCCUCCCUCGUCUACGAAUCGAACUUUCUCGGUCUCUGAGCCGCUUCCGAAUGCACAAUCGCCUCAAAUUCAAGCUCAAUCUUACUCCCCAAUCACUCACCAAUUCAAAAAUAGAAACAUACCUGGAGAAACCAUAGACAUAGCUAAAGUCAUUGUGAAGCAAGAAUCUCCUCUGGAGAAUCUUAAGCGUGGAAACAAGUCAAAGGUUACUAAACUAUCCAAAGCCUCCGUGAAGCGAGAAGCUCAACAACUUGGUGGACCUAAUGGAAGUAAUAACUGCCGUUACGAUAGUUCUCUAGGGUUGUUGACAAAGAAAUUCGUGAACUUGAUCAUAGAAGCCGAGGAUGGCUCACUUGACCUUAACCAUUGUGCGGAUGUAUUGGAGGUGCAGAAAAGAAGGAUAUAUGAUAUUACAAAUGUCCUUGAAGGAAUUGGAUUGAUAGAGAAAACUACAAAGAACCAUAUCCGUUGGAAGGGUGCUGACAAUCUUGGACAUUUGGAACUGGGAGAUCAAAUUUCUAGGCUUAAGUUAGAAGUAGAAAGUUUGCAAUCUGAGGAAAGCAGGUUGGAUGACCUUAUAAGGGAAAGACAAACAGCUCUGAGAUCCUUGGAGGAAGAUGAAUGUAGUAGAAGGUACAUGUUUAUGACAGAGGAAGAUAUAACAAGCCUUCCACGCUUUCAGAACAAGACCCUCCUGGCGAUUAAAGCUCCUACUGCUAGUUACAUCGAAGUUCCAGAUCCUGAUGAGGUGUUGAGUUUCCCGCAAAGACAAUACCGGAUGGUGAUUAGGAGUAGGAUGGGACCUAUUGAUGUCUACCUUUUAAGCAAAUACAAAGGCGAAAACAGUAGGGAAACAAAUGAGUCCGAUCAAAAUACUCCAACUGGAGUGGACACUCCUUCCUUGAAAAUAGUAACUUCAGAUACUGAUUUAAAAACAGAUUACUGGUUCGAGUCAGAGGCAGAAGUGAGUCUCACACAUUUAUGGAACACUUUUACUGAGAAUUAAGUUAUUGAAAACCUCAAAUUCCAAUUUCUGGAAAAGUAUUGAGUGAUAUAAAUCUACAUGUUACUUUUUUAUACGCCUUUGAGAUUGAAUCCUUAUAGUUUUGCUUUUAUUCCCUUUUAAUAAAACAUGAAACGUUCUAAUGUCAA